CGCUUCCCCCCUUUCCCUCCCCUCCCCCUCACCACCCCAACCCCGAAAUAUCCCCCAAUUCCGACGCGACCGCGAAACCCUAGUCCCCCGGCAAUCUUCGCUGGACCCGGAGAGCCGCUCCGGCGCCAUGGCAUCCCCGGAAGGAUCAAACUGGGUAUUCGACUGCCCCCUCAUGGACGAUCUUGCUGCCGCCGACUUCGCCGCGGCACCCGCAGGAGGCUUCUACUGGACCCCGCCGAUGCAGCCGCAGAUGCACACUCUUGCGCAGGCCGUCUCCGCCACACCGGCUCCCAAUCCCUGUGCUGAAAUCAAUAGCUCUGUUUCGGUGUGCUGGGACCAUGCCAAAGGACAACUGAAAAAUAAACGUCCUAGGUCAGAAACUGGUGCUCAACCUAGCUCCAAAGCAUGCAGGGAGAAAGUGAGAAGGGACAAGCUAAACGAGAGGUUCUUGGAAUUGAGUGCUGUCUUGGAUCCGGGGAAAACACCUAAAAUCGACAAAUGUGCUAUAUUAAAUGAUGCUAUCCGUGCGGUAACUGAAUUGCGUAGUGAGGCAGAGAAGUUGAAGGAUUCAAACGACUCUCUCCAAGAGAAGAUUAGAGAGCUAAAGGCUGAGAAGAAUGAGCUGCGAGAUGAGAAGCAAAAGUUGAAGGCGGAGAAAGAGAGCCUGGAGCAGCAGAUUAAGUUCAUGAAUGCACGUCAGAGCCUCGUACCACACCCUUCUGUCAUCCCAGCUGCUGCAUUCGCUGCCGCCCAAGGCCAAGCGGCAGGGCACAAGCUGAUGAUGCCUGUAAUGAGCUACCCAGGAUUUCCCAUGUGGCAGUUCAUGCCGCCUUCAGAUGUUGAUACCUCGGAUGACCCCAAGUCAUGCCCUCCGGUUGCAUAAGCCAGCAAAAAUCAUUUGCCUCAUCUAUCUCAUGGGGAAGGAUGGCUAAAAAGCCUUCCGUUAAAGUAUAUCUUACUAGUCGUCAGUGUUACUCCCUCCGUCCCAUAAUGUAAGACGUUUUUUGACACUAGUGUAGUGUUGAAAAACGUCUUACAUUAUGGGACGGAGGGAGUACUAUGCAGAAGCCGUUUAGUGUUAUAUAUGUAGUUAAACCAAGAACCGAACUGAAGCGUCGUCGUUGUAUCACCCGUGGACAUUUGAUUAUCUUGUGACACCGUUGUAUAUUGUUAGUAAAUAAAUACCAUCCGUUGAAGCAAAUGGCGCUUGGACGCCAUAGCAUUAUCGGCUUGUUACUUUGUUUGACA